UUUAACUUCAGAUAUAUCGCCAAGCAACCGUGUAUUUCGCUCGCUGUGCGCUCUUCUCUUCUCUGUCACACACUCGCCGUCGUGGUGUAGUACGUUAACCGCACACUCGUCACCGCUGCCGUUGCCGAAAACGCCACCUUGCCGUUACACUGUAGUUGUUGUUGUUCCUUGCUAGUUCCUUUUUGUGUAUUUUAAUGGAGUUUGCAAAAUGAAGCAACAUUUGCUCUACUAAAAUGACGUUCGCGUUUUCGAUGGCCAAGAUUUCGUUCGGUUGGAAAACGUUAUGAUAGGAUAAGCUGGAAAGUUUUCAAUCGAAAGUGUGAAGUGCUUCUUCGCUCUAGUUUACACGGGUGGUCAACGCGAAAAUUGAGUUGCUAAAGGAUAUACAGUGUCUGCGUUCAAAGGAAUCGUGAUCCAUUCCGAGGAUUUCUUUCAUCUUCCAAAACAAAGAAGUGCUGUUCUAAAUUAAGGUUUUCCUAACAGAAGACUGCAAAGUUUGCCUGCUCAAGUUUAUUAGAAAGGUGUGAUUUGUUUCCGUUGAAAUAGGUGGAAUUUUAUAUUAAAUCCAGAAAAUAGUUUAAGUGAAAUAAGCCAUAGAACGGAAGCCCAGAGCGCUGAAUAGGGAAAGAGUGGAGUCACUUUUUUUAGUUCACUACGUCAACGUGAACGCGACAUUCGAAUCACCACAACUGCCGGUUACUAACUAAUUCACCAUGGAGGACGGCCAUUGCAAGUCCGUCGACGAAGUGCUAACAUACUUCCGAGUGGAUCCCGAGAGAGGUCUCAGCCUUGACCAGGUUAAGGAAUAUCAGAAAAAAUACGGCCUCAAUGAGCUUCCAGCUGAGGAGGGUAAAACAAUCUGGCAAUUAGUCCUGGAACAGUUCGAUGAUCUGUUAGUUAAGAUUCUGCUGUUAGCUGCUAUUAUUUCCUUUGUCCUCGCCCUUUUUGAAGAGCAUGAAGGCGUUGAAGCCUUUGUGGAACCGUUUGUCAUCCUGCUUAUCCUGAUUGCCAACGCCUGCGUCGGUGUGUGGCAGGAACGUAAUGCCGAAUCCGCCAUUGAAGCCCUGAAGGAAUACGAGCCCGAGAUGGGCAAAGUGGUCCGAGGUGACAAGAGCGGUGUGCAGAAGGUGCGCGCCAAGGAAAUCGUGCCCGGUGAUGUCGUUGAGGUGUCGGUCGGUGACAAGAUUCCGGCCGAUAUCCGUCUGAUCAAAAUCUACUCGACCACCAUUCGUAUCGAUCAGUCCAUCCUUACCGGUGAGUCCGUUUCGAUCAUCAAGCACACUGACCCGGUGCCGGAUCCCCGCGCUGUCAACCAGGACAAGAAAAACAUCCUGUUCUCCGGUACUAACGUGUCCGCUGGCAAGGCCCGUGGUGUUGUCAUUGGAACCGGUCUGUCCACUGCCAUCGGUAAAAUCCGUACUGAGAUCUCGGAAACCGAGGAAAUCAAGACCCCACUGCAGCAGAAGUUGGACGAAUUCGGUGAGCAGCUGUCCAAGGUCAUCUCGCUGAUCUGUAUCGCUGUCUGGGCUAUCAACAUUGGUCACUUCAACGAUCCCGCUCACGGUGGUUCGUGGAUCAAGGGUGCCGUGUACUACUUCAAGAUUGCUGUCGCUCUGGCUGUCGCUGCCAUUCCAGAAGGUCUGCCAGCUGUCAUCACCACUUGUCUGGCUCUGGGUACCCGUCGUAUGGCCAAGAAGAACGCCAUCGUCCGAUCGCUGCCGUCCGUAGAAACCUUAGGUUGUACUUCGGUCAUCUGUUCUGAUAAGACCGGUACAUUGACCACUAACCAGAUGUCCGUCUCGCGUAUGUUCAUUUUCGAUAAGGUUGACGGUAACGAUAGCAACUUCACUGAAUUCGAAAUUUCCGGCUCAACCUACGAACCAAUCGGUGAGGUUACUCUGAAUGGCCAGAGAGUGAAGGCUAGCGAUUAUGAAACUCUGCAGGAACUGGGCACUAUCUGUAUCAUGUGUAACGACUCCGCUAUUGAUUUCAAUGAAGUCAAGAAGGUUUUCGAGAAGGUCGGUGAGGCUACCGAAACCGCUCUGAUUGUGUUGGCUGAGAAACUCAAUCCCUUCAACGUUGCCAAACAGGGUCUUGAUCGCCGCUCAUCUGCUAUCUGCGUUCGCCAGGAAAUUGAAACCAAGUGGAAGAAAGAAUUUACUCUGGAAUUCUCUCGCGAUCGUAAAUCCAUGUCCAGCUACUGUGUCCCACUAAAGGCUUCGAAGCUCGGAAACGGACCGAAAUUGUUCUGUAAGGGUGCCCCAGAAGGUGUCCUGGAUCGUUGCACACAUGCCCGUGUUGGAGGUAGCAAAGUCCCACUGACAACCACCCUGAAGAACCGCAUUUUGGAUCUGACCCGUCAGUACGGUACCGGACGUGAUACUCUCCGUUGUCUGGCUCUGGCCACCGGCGAUAGCCCAAUGAAACCUGAUGAUAUGGAUCUGAACGAUUCCACCAAAUUCUAUACCUAUGAAGUGAACCUAACCUUCGUCGGCGUUGUUGGUAUGCUUGAUCCCCCACGUAAGGAAGUUUUCGAUUCGAUCGUCCGUUGCCGUGCUGCUGGUAUCCGUGUUAUUGUCAUCACUGGUGACAACAAGGCUACUGCUGAGGCUAUCUGCCGUCGUAUUGGUGUGUUCAAAGAGGAUGAGGAUACCACCGGAAAAUCAUACUCCGGACGUGAAUUCGAUGAUCUGCCAGUCAGUGAACAGCGUGAGGCUUGCGCCCGUGCCCGUUUGUUCUCGCGUGUCGAGCCGGCUCACAAAUCCAAGAUCGUUGAGUUCCUGCAAAGCAUGAACGAAAUCUCCGCUAUGACUGGUGACGGUGUGAAUGAUGCCCCUGCCUUGAAGAAGGCCGAAAUCGGUAUUGCUAUGGGUUCGGGUACCGCUGUCGCCAAGUCCGCCUCGGAGAUGGUGUUGGCUGACGAUAACUUCUCCUCCAUUGUGGCCGCCGUUGAAGAAGGUCGCGCUAUCUACAACAACAUGAAGCAGUUCAUCCGUUAUCUGAUUUCGUCCAACAUCGGUGAGGUCGUGUCCAUUUUCUUGACGGCCGCUUUGGGCUUGCCAGAAGCUCUGAUUCCCGUUCAGCUCCUGUGGGUCAACUUGGUUACUGACGGUCUCCCAGCUACUGCCCUUGGUUUCAACCCGCCCGAUCUCGACAUUAUGGAGAAACCACCACGCAAGUCUGAUGAAGGUCUCAUCUCCGGCUGGCUGUUCUUCCGUUAUAUGGCAAUUGGUGGUUAUGUUGGUGCCGCUACCGUCGGAGGUGCCGCCUGGUGGUUCAUGUUCUCCGAUCACGGUCCACAGCUCACCUACUGGCAACUGACUCACCAUCUGUCCUGCAUCGGUGGUGGCGACGAGUUCAAGGGAGUCGAUUGCAAGAUCUUCACCGAUCCGCAUCCGAUGACGAUGGCCCUGUCCGUUCUGGUUACCAUUGAGAUGUUGAACGCCAUGAACAGCUUGUCUGAGAAUCAGUCCCUGGCCACCAUGCCACCAUGGUGCAACUUGUGGCUCAUUGCUUCCAUGUGCCUGUCCUUCGCUCUGCACUUCGUCAUCCUCUAUGUUGAAGUCCUUUCCUCCGUAUUCCAGGUAACCCCGCUGAACGGUGACGAAUGGCUUACAGUGAUGAAGUUCUCACUGCCGGUAGUACUGCUUGAUGAAAUUCUCAAGCUCGUCGCCAGAAGGAUCAGUGACGCCAACGAAGUUGUUAAGACCUGGGAAUAAGCAAGUAAGCUUACUUACUGCUACAACUCGACACUAUGAAAAGUUUCUUACAGCAUGUUUCAACGUAAUAAUGCCAUAAAAUACAGAACGAAACAAUAAAAGCAAUUAGAAAUAAUAGAAAUAUCGUUAUUUGUUAAACCUAGGGAAGAUCACUGGCAUCGACUUCUUCCAAUCUUAUAGGAAGUAUUAAACCAAUACGAAGCAGUAGUCGAAAUAUCUGAUUCUUCAGCAAUCGUUCAAAAUGACAGAAGAGCUUUCAUUUCUAUUUCUCGUUUUACUUAAGGACAAAUUCGAAUUAUACCAAAUAGUGAGCGUGUUCCAAAACAUAAUAGAGUUUUGCCUAAGAUUUCUUAUUAAUUCACUGAGAUCAUGAGCGAGGAACGAUAUGCCGAUCCUUUUGGGGUAGAAUAGAUCAUUUCUGAACAGCGAAUUUUUACCUUUUUCUAGUGAAAACGAACAAUUGAAGACAUUUUUCUCAUUUAUUACUUUUAAGUUUCGAUAUCGUUCUGUUCGACAGUUUCACAAAAGAAUAGUUUUUGUUAGCUUUUCAGUUUUUGUAAUUUUCUACUUGCGUUUCACUGUAUAGUAAUUUCAAUUCAGUUAAAUUUUUUAUUUUAUUUCAACAUGAGACAACAUUGUAAAUAAGUUAUUAAAAUAAAGUGAACAACUUUGAAAAGAGAGACAUCAUCUUCUUGUUGAGUGGUAGUCAUCGGAAAUAAACUUAAAAAGUUAGAUAAUUUACAAAAAAAAACUUAAUUUAACAAAAACAGAAAACCAUUGUGUGACGUUGACCGCCAUCUUUAAUUUUAUGUCAUUUCAUCUUUGUUUAAAAAAGUUAAAGUUUCACGAAAAAAUAAAUAAAAAUCGUUAAAACCACCCAUAUUCUUAUCUUCUUGAUUGGCAAAGUUUAAUCCCAUGGUAGUAGACUGGUCGCAUACAUGCAAAUGACUUUUUGAUUCGCUCCCAUAUGUUAUAUUUACAAUGAGAUCGUUUAAAACGUUUUGCCUUCUAUUCGAGUGAUCGGAGGUAAACAAGUUCAGGCUUCAAAUCUACUCAGCGAACGGUAGUGGAACUUGUGAAAAAUGACAAGCAAAGUUGUAUGUUUUCAGUUUACUGCAGUCGAAUUGUUUAUCCUUGAACACAGACUUUUCAUUCACUGCACUACACAGAAUAAACUUCAAAGCUAGUGAAAAUUGUACAGAUAUUGUGAAUGUUUUGCAAAAUCCACUAGCAAGUUCUGCGUCAAUUACGUACUCCAAUAUAGAUAUCAUGUGUUAUUACUUAGCUGAAUUUCGAUGGGACAUUUCUAGGAUAUCUAUUCUCGGCGAAUGUAUAUGAAACGAUAGAGCAAUAAAUUACUUGGAAAAUA